AUGGUGAGAAGCCCAAGCACGACUAGACUGAGCAAGCCAUCGCCCUCCGAAAAGGCAAUGAAUGAAGCGAGUCACAAGGCGCUGCGUCCACUGCAGAAAAUGGCGAUGUCGAUCGCCUAUCCGCAGACUGCACGCCUUGACAAGGUCGUACAUAUGAGCACGUAUCUAACGAACAAGGAGUUGAAGGCGUACGCGAAGGCAGGUGCCGUCGUAGAGGAGGUGCUUUCCUCUAUUCGCACAGUCGUUAUGUUCGGUGGCGAACACAAGGAGGGCGAGAGGUACGGUAAUAAUCUCAAUCCAGCCCGCCAGGCUGCUGUACGUAAAGGCCUCAGCACAGGCCUGGGUCUUGGCUUUACCUGGUUCACGAUGUUCUGUGCCUUUGGUGUCACCAUCUUCUACGGCUCCAUACUCGUACGAGAUUGGAUGUUCCACCGAGAGGAAACCAACUCAGAUUUGUGUAACAACUACACACUGGCGGACCUUCUGCCAGACGGUCCCAUCGGCUGGAUGAUUGAGCAGUACCUGGGGGAAUUGAAGGAAAAUUUAACACUCAAUGCAAAUAUGACGCUUGACAUAGUUGACAAGUUCCGAAAUGGGUCCUCUAUGUCGCUAAACGAAGAGAUGAAAGCGUUUACGUACAAGUACUUGGCACUUGGAUGUGCAGUACUGGCGCUGGGGUAUUUACAGAUCGCUACGUGGGUAAUGGCUGCCGAGCGGCAGACACAGCGCAUGCGCGUGGCAUUCUUCCGCUCGAUCAUGCGUCAGGAGUCUGCGUGGUUUGACAUGCAUGAGAGUCGCCAGCUGAACACUCGUCUGUCCGACGACCUUGUCAAGGUGCAGUCUGGGAUAGGCGAUCGCAUCGCCAUUUUCCUGCAGUGGACGAGCGCCUUCGUGACUGGCUUCAUCAUUGCUUUCUCGGAGGGAUGGCUGCUCAGUCUAGUCGUGCUUGGCUUCUCACCAUUUCUAGCCGCAAGCGGGGUGAUCAUGACCAAGAUGAGCAGCGUAUCUAACAAACAAGAGUUGAAGGCGUACGCGAAGGCAGGUGCCGUCGUAGAGGAGGUGCUUUCCUCUAUUCGCACAGUCGUAUGUCGGUGGCGAACACAAGGCAAGGGCGAGAGGCUGCUGUACCGUAAAGGCCUCAGCACAGGCCUGGGUCUUGGCUUACCUGGUUCACGAUGUUCUGUGCCUUUGGGUGUCACCAUCUUCUACGGCUCCAUACUCGUACGAGAUUGGAUGUUCCACCGAGAGGAAACCAACUCAGAGUACACGCGGCGCACUCUGAUGACGGUGUUUUUCGGCAUCAUGAUUGGAGCGUUUGCGAUGGGAUACGCCGCACCGAAGAUUUCCGACUUCGCGAUCGCUCGCAGCGCCGCCACGCCUAUAUUCCAAAUCAUCGACCAGGUGCCGUCGAUUGAUAUCGAAUCGCCAGAGGGAGAGAAAUUGAAACUUGUAUCGGGUGAUGUCACCUUCCGGAAUGUGCAUUUCACUUAUCCAUCCAGAGCCGAUGUGAAGAUCUUGCGAAACCUCAACCUUCACGUCGCCGCAUGCCAGUCCGUGGCGCUGGUCGGACCUAGCGGAAGCGGAAAGAGCACCAUAGCGCAGCUAAUGCAGCGCCUCUACGACCCCAGCGGCGGCUCCGUAGCGUUGGAUGGCUGCGACAUAAAGAAGUUGAACCUGCGCUGGUAUCGCGACAACAUCGGUGUCGUCAGCCAGGAGCCGGUGCUGUUCGCGACGACCAUCGGGGAGAACAUACGUUACGGCAUGGAGGGAGUCAGCGACGAAGACAUACGUCACGCCGCAGCGAGAGCCAACGCUCACGGGUUCAUCUCAGCGCUCCCAAACCAAUACCACACGUUGGUGGGCGACGGUGGCGCACAACUGAGCGGCGGCCAGAAGCAGCGUAUUGCCAUCGCGCGCGCCCUGGUGAGAAACCCGAAAAUACUGAUCCUGGACGAGGCGACGUCAUCACUGGAUAACGAGAGUGAGGCGCUCGUACAGGCCGCCUUGGACCUGGUGACUAAUCACACACAGAACUAG